AGAAGAAAGAGGAGAGAGACAGAGUGAGAGAAAGAGGAGAGAGACAGAGAGAGAGAGAACCUUAGUAAUGUAAAAGGGAUUAACACUUGUUUCCACCCUUUAGAAGUUAAUCAUGAAUGCUAAAAGUCACAAAAAGUAACCUUGGCCAUGGCUCACAAAGUACAAUUGACUGUAAACGUGACAAGUGACACUCAAGGAAUUUAGGGACAGGGAGUUCCCCUUUCUCUUCAUCCAAAGAUUUUUCUUCUAAAAAUGAGUGUUUUCUCCAUCUAUACAACAGAAGCAAAUACAUGUAGAAAGCAUGAUCUACUUUUCUCUGGGGCAGUAGUUCCUACACUCUCAUAUGGAGAUUUUUUAAAAAUUAAGAUAGAAUAGUUCAUGUUCAAAUAGUUUGCAGUUCCAUUUGUAAAAAAACAUUAAUAUGACUUUAAAGGUAAAGUAAAUAAUCUCACUAACUGAAAAUAUCUCCCAGGAAUUCAUUUAAAUCCUUCCCUAGAUUACCCCAGCCCCAAGCAAUCACUUCUUCCUCUGAACUCCAAAAGCAAUUAUUUGUACAAUUUAUUUGGCAAUUAAUCCUUCAUUGCCUUGUUAAACCUCUUGCAUUAUUCUCUGAAAUGUUAUUUAAAUCUUCUCUAGUUAUCUAACUUUCAUGUUUAUUUCUCACCUCCCCAAACAGACUAUAAAUUCCUUGAGAGAAAGAGAUAAGGCCUUAUAUUGUUUUGUAUACACACAGACACACAGAGUAGCUAGCAUAGAGUAAAUAUAAAGAUAUUUGAUUUUAAGAAAAAACAGGAAAAAUCAAUUACAAAGAAAAUGUUUAAAGUGAUGCCAACUAAGUAUCUCCAAGCCAAAGUUGACAGACAGGCAGCAUGGGGUGGGGGUAAAAAGGGCAUGGCCUCUGAAAUCUGAGAGACCUCAAUCUGGAUCCUCUAUCUGCAGAGCUUUCAUAAUUAACCCAUGAGCUUCAAUUUCCUCCUCUCUCAAAUGAAGAUAAUAUCUACCUCUAGAAGGUUUCAUGACUGUUAAAUCAGAUUUUAUGUAAAACUAGUAUCCGGACGCUGCAGAUCGCAGUGGACGGUGUAGGCCGCUACAGGCCAUCAUGAGCCGGCUUCCGGAUGAGUACAAUCCCUACACGAUUGAAGAGCCUAGUGAAGAGGAGCCGGCUUUGAGCAGCUCUGAAGAUAAAGUGGAUGUGCUUUUACAUGGAACUCCUGACCAAAAACGAAAACUCAUCAGAGAAUGUCUUACUGGAGAAAGUGAAUCAUCUAGUGAAGAUGAAUUUGAAAAGGAAAUGGAAGCUGAAUUAAAUUCUACCAUGAAAACAAUGGAGGUAUCCUCUCUGGGAACUGGAUCUUCCUCAAGAAAUGGAAAAGCUGCAACAGCUCCAGCAAGAUACUAUGAUGAUACAUAUUUUGAUUUUGAUUCUGAGGAUAAAGACAAAGCAGUACCGGUGACCAAGAAAAAAAAGAAGAAACAACACAAGAUUCCAACAAAUGAUGAAUUACUAUAUGAUCCUGAAAAAGAAAACACAGAUCAGGCCUGGGUUGAUGCACAGAGAAGGGGUUACCAUGGUUUGGGACGACAGAGGUCACAUCAACAACAGACUGUUCCAAAUAAUGAUGCUGUCUUGAAUUGUCCUGCCUGCAUGACCACACUGUGCCUUGAUUGCCAAAGGCAUGAAUUGUACAAAACUCUAUACAGAGUGAUGUUCGUGAUGAAUUGUUAUAUUAACAAAGAGGAGGUUCUAAGAUAUAAAGCCUCAGAGAACAGGAAGAAAAGGCAGGGCCAUAAGAAGAUGAGGUCUAACCAGGAAGAUGCUGCCGAGAAGGCAGAGACAGAUGUGGAAGAAAUCUAUCACCCAGUCAUGUGCACCGAAUGUUCCACCGAAGUGGCAGUCUAUGACAAGGGCAAAGUCUUUCAUUUUUUCAAUGUUUUAGCAAGCCAUCCCUAAACAGCAUAAUUGGCAUUUAAUUACCCAAUACCAUAUAUAAGGCAAAUAUGGACAGUUACUUUCCUCCUGCUUGUUCCUAUCCUUAAGUGACAUUGAGGAAGCAGUGUUUUCUCUUUAUAAAGGAGAACAGUUGUCAACCUUCAUUCAUCUCUCACCCUCUCUUUUUUUUCUUUGAUUUUCCCCCGUAUGGAUGGGACUGAUAUUCUCUUUUUGAUGAACAUUUGGAAACUAUGGGGCUUUUUAUUUAUUAAAGCUCUUUAGAAUUAAAAUGUUCUGGAGU